UUGUUUUUUGGCCUCCAAAUUAAGUAAGCAUCUUCUUUCCUAUCCAUUAUAACCAACAAAAAAAAAAGAUAAGAGAGAAAAGAUACCAGUCACCAGAAAGGCAGAAACCUACUGUCGUAAAUAAGUCGUCGAAAACACAAAGAUUUACAAGGUAAUGACACUGUGAUAGUGGUGCAUAAUGUAUAAUGCCAUUUUGACUGCAUGGUGGGUGACCCAUGACUGAUUACUGAGUUUAAAAAUCGUACCCCAGGAACGCGACAAAGAACACGCACGCAAUCACAAUCUACUCAAACAAGACCCGUAAAAGAAGCCACGCAAACCCUGUCUCUAAUCGUUACCAUCUUAUCUAAUCUUUGCUGUUUUUUUUUUAAUUUAAAAGCCUCGAAAAACCUAAAAAUUUUAAAGCAAGAGAGAUUAGACAGUGCCACAAAGGCAAAGAGCAGGGAGACAGGCAGAUUCGGUCCUUUGCAACUUUUACUACUAUUUUUUUCCCCUUUCUCUGUCUCUGUCUCUCUCUCUCUCUUCAAAGCAAAAUGCUCAGUAAUAAAAGUCUUUUAGACCCAUCAUCCUUUGGUCUGAAAAAUAAUUUUCUACUCGCAUGAAGGAAAACCUCUUAGGCCUUAAAACACUCUCUCGCCCCAUGUCCUUCUCUUUCUCUGGCUUUGUCCCUACUUGCCGACCCACUUAAGUCUGCCAUAAAGAGGAAGAUUUGCCCUCCACAAAAACAACCCAAAGCAAUACCUGCUGCUUGUAUCACAGAUAUUUAGUUUUUAGCUUACAUAAACUAAGAGAUCAUUAUAGAUCUUGAGAGAUAGAGAGUGAGUAGUAGCAGUGGGGGAAGGUCUGGGUUUUUUUUUGGUUAAAAUGGAUAAAAGCUGUCACUCUUCUGGCGACUCUACCACAAACUCCAGUAGCAGCAGUAGCUCCAUCGCCAACAACAUUAACAAUCGAGAUCAUUACCUUAAACACCUCAACAAGCUUUCUCAUAAGAUUUCCAAACCCUCCUCCACCACCAACACCCCUCCUCUCAUAAAAAAACCUUCCUUUGACCAGACCCAGAACCUCACCCAGGCGCUGCCACCUCCCCAACCUCAACCCUCCCAGCCUCAGCCUGAGAAUCCUAACCAAAGCAGUCUCCAGGCUCAACAGCACCAGCCACCUGUUUACAAUAUCAACAAAAACGACUUCAGGGAUGUCGUACAGAAGCUAACCGGUUCACCGGCUCACGAGCGGUUCUCUGCUCCGCCACCAAUCCACCAACCCAAACCACAAAGCUCACGACUCCAGAGGAUCCGACCUCCUCCAUUGGCGCACGUUAGCAACCGUCCUCCCAUGAUUAAUUGCGCUGUCCCCAACAUGAAUCCCCCCGGCUUCUCUCAACCUAACCAUCCUAUCAGUGGCCCCACUGAUAAUAGCUUCAUUCAAAGGCCACCUGCUGUGGCGCCUCUUUCGCCACUUCCUCCAUUUCCAGCUGUACACGCGGCGGCCGAAUCGCCGGUCUCCGCCUAUAUGCGAUGCUUCCAAAGCUCCAUGUCGGCCACUGUUGAUUCCAACCCAAAGCAAUUCUCGGGAUUCCCACCAUUGGCCCCACUCGUUUCACCCCGUUGGAACAACUUAACCGCCCCACCGCAACAGCAACCACCACCGCUGCCGCCGCCGCAACAAUCACAGCAGCAACAACAACAACAACCACCACAGGUAUCAUCUACGGGGAUGAUCCAGUCACAGUUUCCAUCAUCACCACUACCAUUCGGUUGUCUGAAUUCUCCACGGUCACCGUAUGCUUUGCUUUCCCCAAGCUUGCUAUUUUCUCCAAAUUCGGGUCAGUUAGGAUUCCCGCUUUCGCCAACGUUGCCCGUGCCGAGCCCAAAAUGGCGAGGUCUUUGAUAAAUUUUAAUUUCGGGAAGAAAUUGAAAUUAGAAACAUGUUCCUCAGUAAUAAGAUCUGUAGCAGGUGUUUGAUAUUGUAACCAAAGUUUGCAAUAUCUACCAGCUUCCUUAGAAUAUAGCUGAAGAGAUGUCUUCUAGCUAAUGAGCUUAUAUUGUGUAGAAGCUAUCUUUAAAUUUAAAGCUAUUCUCUUGUUUCUUUUCUUUUUACUAGAUUGUUUAACUGCUCUUGGAGUAGUGGAGGACAUUGAAUUGACCUCUUCUACAAAUAGAUAGGGGAAAAAAUUGUAUGGUAUUAGCAGUAAUAGGAAUAGUAAAUACUAACGGUAUCCAACUUGUAUUGGGUUCAACAGGUUAAGUACGGUAUCCAACUUGUGUUUGGAGUUUAAAGUUUAUUUAUUGUCUGCAACCCCUUUCAAUUCUUAAAUUGCGGCUUCUUUUGUAUAAAAAAUACUAAUGGCGUCAAAAAAAUUCAAAACUUCAUUAAUGCCUCCAUUAAAGCUAG